AUGUGGCUCGACCGGCUGGCUGGAGGUCAGUCAACUGCCUCAGGUCAGUCCACGCCGCAACCAGGGAGCAGAUCAUACUCGCCUCUACCACGCAGAACAUCGAGUAACCUCAGUCCGUAUGUGACGUCGCAAAGGGCUGGUCAUUCCCCAAGGAGUUCGUCUUUGUCACUAGUAUCCAAUGAUUCGUCCACAUCGCUGCUCCCUGGAUCGCGACGCCUGAACGGUUCUUCCUUGCGACAGUCUUCUACUGUUCCGAAUUUGGCAGAUUCCCUAGAAACUUUGGAGAGGCUGCUUAGAGAUCCCUGCGAAAUCGAUGCCGAUAAUGAGAAGCGAAAAGCCAGAACAACCUCUAUCGUGGAAGCGGAUCUCGAAUUUGACUAUGACUUUGGCGGACUAUCAUUGAAGGAGCUGGCUGCGUCGCAACCUCCUGAGGAUACCAGUGCAGUAUCGCGCAAAGCACAAACAGUCGAAGAAUACCACAGGGAACGGACCAAAUUUGAGGAUAUUCAUCGUUCCAUCACUGCCUGUGACGACGUUCUCAACUCGGUCGAAAUUAAUUUGGCUGAUUUCCGAAACGACCUUGCCACCGUAUCAGCCGACAUAGAGUCCCUGCAAGAACGCUCUGCUGCACUGAACCGGCGCUUGGAGAAUCGCAAAGAGGUUGAAAAGGCACUCGGGCCGCUUGUUGAGGAGCUUAGCCUGUCACCGGAGGUCAUAUCCAAGAUCUCAACAGGUCACAUUGACGAAUCGUGGGCCAAGAUACUCUCCGAAUUGGAUAGGAGAACAGCAAUUCAUAAGAAAAAGUCUUCCUCGGGAUCACAACUAAACAAAGCCUCCGAUGAACUUGGCCCGCUCCUGGAAAAGCUCACAUUAAAGGCAAUUGAGCGUAUUCGGGACUUCCUAGUAGCUCAAAUCAAAGCUCUUCGGUCGCCACAUAUCAACGCACAAAUCAUCCAGCAGCAAAACUUCCUCCGUUUCAAGGAUUUAUUCACCUUUCUACAUAAACAUCACGCAACCCUCGCUGAUGAAAUAUCUCUCGCCUACAUGAACACAAUGCGGUGGUAUUAUCACAAUCAAUUCAGCAGAUACGAGCGGGCCUUGGCGAAGAUUAAGACCCAUAUCCUUGACAGAACAGACGCCAUAGGACAUGAGGAUACCACAAGAAUGACAGCUGUUCUUUCCAGUACACGAGCAGCUGGACCUCCUCAUGAUGCCUUUAAUCUUGGAAGGCGCAUGGAUCUUCUCAAGACGACCAACCAAGCCGCCAUGUCUUCAUAUCUUGCUGAAGAGGACACGGCAACCCACUAUCUUGAGGUGCAGUUCAGGAACUUCAACCUCGCUUUGAUCGACAAUGCAACAGCAGAGUACACAUUUCUAGCAACCUUUUUCUCACCUGCAUUGUCUUAUGCACAAAUUUCCAAAACUUUCAACUACAUUUUCGAACCAACUUUUGAGCUGGGCCAGACCUUGUCUCGAAAUCUCGUUGCAGACACUUUCGACGCACUGGGUAUCCUCCUUUGCAUUCGCCUGAACCAACACUUUGCCUUUGAACUUCAGCGUCGUAAAGUGCCUGCUGUAGACGGAUACAUCAAUGGCACAAACAUGCUUCUUUGGCCACGAUUGCAGGUAGUCAUGGAUCGACACUGCGAAUCAGUGCGAUUAUUGACCAACAACUUGCCCAGCAAACCUAAUCGAUCCGCGUCAGAUGUCGCGAAAAUGACAGCCGCACCGCAUGUCGUGACCCAGCGUUUCGGGCAGCUUUUGCAAGGGUUCCUAGCACUCAGUGCGGAUGCAGGAGAUGAUGAGCCCGUCGUUGCCAGCUUGCGCCGCUUACGUGGUGAGAUUGAGGGUUUCUUGGCCAAGCAGAGUCUGUCGUAUGGCAACGACAAGCGCAAGACCGAACGAUUUUUGUACAACAACUAUUCUCUCAUCUUGACCAUUAUCGGCGACACGACUGGCAAGUUGGCCACGGAGCAGCAGGAGCAUUUUGAGAAGCUCAAAACGGCGCAUGAGAUUGAUGCAUGA